GAAGAUGAGAAGCCUGCAAAGAAAGAGGCAGGCGUUUUCUAUGGAAGAGAAAGAGAGGACGACACCAUGUACGACCUCGAGCAUCUUAACGAACAUGAAUAUCGAAAGUAUUCAGCCUGGUACAGCAACUACCAGAAGGAACUGACGAAGUUUGAGAAGAAGGAACUGGAAUUAAGGCAGUUCAACAGCGAAAUUGCGGCAACGAUCUCAGAGCGCCGACUCCACUGGAUCAUGAAUCUGGAUAUCCCGCACGCCAGAUUGCAGAAACUCAAGAGCCGGCUUUGUCCAUCAACAGCAGAACGAGAAACUCAGCUUCUCUCACGAUAUCUGGCACUUCGCCAAAUGCCAAAG